GCAGUGCGCAGGCGCGAGCGUCGGCGGGCGCGCGGCGCUCGGUUGAAGCGGCCGAGAGUUCCUGGCUGAGGAGACCCGGCGGCGGCGGCGGCGGCAGUGGCGCCUCUUCCCCUCGCCCUUCUCCGCCAUGGCAGCGCUGCGCUACGCCGGCCUGGACGACACCGACAGCGAGGACGAGCUGCCCCCGGGCUGGGAGGAGAGAACCACCAAGGACGGCUGGGUGUACUACGCCAAUCACACGGAGGAGAAGACUCAAUGGGAACAUCCGAAAACUGGAAAAAGAAAACGAGUAGCAGGAGAUUUGCCGUACGGAUGGGAGCAAGAGACGGAUGAGAACGGACAAGUGUUUUUUGUUGAUCACAUAAAUAAAAGAACCACCUACUUGGACCCAAGACUGGCCUUCACUGUGGAUGACAAUCCGACCAAGCCAACCACCAGGCAGAGAUAUGACAGCAGCUCCACGGCCAUGGACAUCCUUCAGGGUCGGGACUUCACAGGCAAAGUGGUCGUGGUCACUGGGGCCAAUUCAGGAAUAGGGUUUGAAACUGCCAAGUCUUUUGCCCUGCAUGGUGCUCACGUGAUCCUGGCCUGUAGGAAUAUGGUGAGAGCCAACGAAGCAGUGUCACGCAUUUUAGAAGAGUGGCACAAAGCCAAGGUAGAAGCAAUGACCCUAGACCUUGCUCUGCUCCGGAGCGUGCAGCAUUUUGCUGAAGCAUUCAAGGCCAAGAAUGUGCCUCUUCACGUGCUUGUGUGCAACGCCGCUGUUUUUGGCCUUCCCUGGAGCCUCACGAAAGACGGCCUGGAGACCACCUUCCAGGUGAACCACCUGGGCCACUUCUACCUGGUCCAACUCCUGCAGGAUGUUCUGUGCUGCUCGGCCCCUGCCCGUGUCAUCCUGGUCUCCUCUGAGUCACAUAGAUUUACAGAUAUAAAUGAUACUUCGGGAAACCUUGACUUUAGCCGCCUGUCUCCUUCACAAAAUGAUUACUGGGCCAUGCUGGCCUACAACAGGUCCAAGCUUUGCAACAUCCUAUUCUCCAAUGAGCUGCACCGCCGCCUCUCCCCACGCGGGGUCACAGCCAAUGCCGUGCAUCCAGGGAACAUGAUGUAUUCCUCCAUUCACCGAGGCUGGUGGCUGUGGACGCUGCUGUUUACCUUGGCGAGACCCUUCACCAAAUCCAUGCAACAAGGAGCAGCCACCACCGUCUACUGCGCAGCAGCUCCGGAGAUGGAAGGCCUGGGAGGAAUGUAUUUCAAUAACUGCUGCCGCUGCCUGCCCUCAGCACAGGCUCAGAGUGAAGAGACGGCGCAGGCCCUGUGGGAGCUCAGUGAGCGGCUGGUGCAGGAGCGGCUGGGCAGCACAUCUGGCUAGCAGGGCCCCUUCCUGCCUGGCACCGCAGUUCCAUGUCCCGGCCAUGCAGAUGUGCAAGAGCAAAGGAAGUAAAAGUGCUUGACAGAUAAGAAGUAGUGAUGGGGAGCAAGCAAUUGCAGGGCACAGGGACAGUGUCGCUUCUCUCUGGCCGGGGUCGGCAUGAGUCCCUCUGCUUUCUGGUGGUGGGUUAUUUGAAAGCAAAAGCUUGGCCUGUAUGUGGGUUCUUCCUCUCAUUAUAGAAGCACAAGCAACUCUCUCUAACUUUAGGAUAGCCUGAUGUCCCAUUGUCACAUGGCCACCACUGCACCCAGAGGUAGCUUUCUCCUGUCUAGAGAAUCAAAAUCAAGCAUUCAUCCUUGCCCUGUGCAUUUGUUGAGGAGAUUAUGGUUUCAUUCAUCCCAACCAAGUCUGAGUAGGGUUGGCAAUUUCCGGUGGAGAAUCCCAGAGAUUUGUCCCAGCUGAUUCUGCUAAUGAGAGUUAGGAUGGCACAAGGGUCUGGCAGUGUCUGUCACCAAUCCUUUGCCAAAGCUAUACCAAUAAUUCUUUAGAGAUGAUAAAUCAUUUUUGCAAACCAUUCCCUAGAUAGCUAGAUGGGCAAGAAAGGGAGCAUCUUGUCCAUGGGAAUAUGAGAUGUCCUUGCAGUGGGCAACAAACUGGAAGUCCCUUCAUUUUCCACACAGGGUCCCAAGAGCAGCCCGGGGGGUGAGUUUCACAGUCCCUCAGUCCCCCUGCUUCUGCACCUGGCUUUAGUUUCCACCCCUUCCUCCCCUCCUAGGCUUAAUAAAAGAACAUGCUUGACUACAAUCACCUGAAGUUUGGAUCAUUUCUUUAAAUGUUUGUUUCAGUUUUUUUGUUUUUGUUUUGUGUUUUUUAGAAAAGAAACUAGAAGAAAAAUAAAGCACAUCUUGUAGAUGCCAGGAAAACGUGGUUGUUACUUCUUCUCCAAGUUUGGGUUUUGUUUUUGUGCUUUGUGGCUGUCUGUGCCCAGGUUGUCUCACACAAUCAGCAUACCAGCGUCGUA